GCCCAAUGUUCGAGGUGCCUGCCCCUCUGUUGAGUCAAGCAACUUGCCCCGCAUUUUCCCCUUGCCCAGGCUCAAAAUUGUGUGCCAUUUUCGCUGCUUCACCCCACCAUCGGCAGACGGACCAUCUGCAACUCCAUCUGAGCGGCCCAAUCUGCCUCUGCACCGCGCCAAAUCCGCCCAAUUCCUUCGUUCUUGUUGUUUCCCUCCGUUUGCCAAGCUGUCCUCCCUCAGACUUGCCGCGCGCUCCGCGGUUGCCCUGCGAAGCGUCUCUCCGCUUCGCGCAGUGUCCGGGUCCCGAACUCAGCACACUAUUUCGCUGUCGAACCUGCGCAUCAUGGCUGCUCUUGACGCCCAAAAGUACACUCCGGCCGAGGAGUCCGAGAUCCAAGCGUGGCUGGACAAGGCCUCCGCGCUCAAGGAGACCGCCUCGGACGCGCUCCUGGACACUCUCAACGCCGACCUUGCGACCCGCACCACCGCGCUCGGCACCAAACCCAGCAAGGCCGACGUCGCCUUGUACGAGGCUCUCGCUCCGCUCGUCAAGGCCUGGACGCCCGAGCAGCGGACCGGCGAGCAGGGCCGUCCCAACAUCGUGCGCCUCGUCGACUUCGUCCAGAACAGCCCGCUCUUUGGCCUCAACAUCGCCGCGGCCGACAAGGUGCAGGUCGAUGCCGACGAGAUCCUCUAUGUGAAGCCCCCCGUCGAUGCCAAGGCCGAGAAGGAGCGCCUGAAGAAGGAAAAGGCUGCCGCGGCCGCGGCCGCUGCUGCCGGCGGAGACAAGACCCUCGUUGACCGAACAAAGGAGACCGCCGGCGCCGUGGCGGAUAAGGCCGCCGAGGUCAAGGCCGAGGUUGUGGACGCCGUCGCGGGCGAGGGCAAGCAGAAGCAGAAGAAGGAAAAGAAGGAGCGCGCGCCCAAGCAGCCGGCGCCUCCACCGGCACCGACCGUCCUCUCGCCGUGCCUGAUCGACUUGCGCGUGGGCCACAUCCUCAAGGCAAUCAAGCACCCUGAAGCGGACUCUCUGUACGUCUCGACCAUCGCCGUGGGCGACAAGCCCGGCACCGAAGACACGUCCGAAUACGAAGGCCAGGUGGUGCGGACCGUCUGCUCCGGCCUGAACGGGCUGGUGCCGCUCGAAGAGAUGCAGGGCCGCAAGGUGGUGGUGGUGUGCAACCUCAAGCCGGUCAAGAUGCGCGGCGUCAAGUCGUGCGCCAUGGUGCUCGCAGCGUCGCCCAGGUUGAAGGAGGGCGAGGCCGACGACCACAAGGGCCCCGUCGAGCUGGUUAACCCGCCAGCCGACGCCAAGGCCGGCGAGCGCGUCUAUUUUGAGGGGUGGCAGGGCGAGCCCGAGAAGGUAUUGAACCCCAAGAAGAAGAUCUGGGAGACCUUCCAGCCGGGCUUCACCACCACCGACGAGCUCGAGGUGGCGUUUGAUGCCGGCGUCGUCGACGCGCUGGAGGGCAAGACGGGCUUGGGCAAGCUGGUCACGGCGAGCGGCGGCGUGUGCAAGGUCGCUAGCUUAAAGGGGGCCCAGGUGCGGUAAACGGGGUUGUUUUGGGUGUCAAGUGUAUGGAGAUACCAGUCGGAUAUACGGCGCAAGACACCAGCAAGCAAAAUAGACCAAUGUUACGACAUGUCGCUCGCAAAACUUGGUGAAUGAACAAACUUUCCCUUCAUCCCACCCCAAUUGCCCCUGAACCCCCCUCCCUUUUUCCCUGCCUUGAACCUCCUCACCCUCACCCAUCAAUGAGCGUCGCCGUGGGCGUCGGCGGCG